GCAGAAUAAAGUCUUCCUGGCACAGCGCGCUGUGGCACUGAGCUCAGCCAACGGGGCUCUUUGACCUCCCUAGCCUAGCUCGGGGUGACGUCCCACUUUCAGGCCCAGACCUGACCCCAGACCCUUUGUAUGCCUCGGCCACGUCAUCUGUAAAAUGGGAGAAGAGAAGACUGCACUUUUUUCCAUCCCUGGGUUUCUGAGAUUGCCAGGGCCCUGAACCCCCUGAUUUUAAUGAACCUCAUUAUUUUAUCAAUAAACAGCCAAGGCUGCUGAGUGUUGUUUGAAACUCGCGUCCUGUUGCCGGAGUCAAGGCUUCUGCAAGACAUAAGCCAAUCAAAUGUAUUAGUCUUGUGAGGGACUGACGGGAAUUCCAACUAAUCAGAGGUCGCGUCUGAAAGCAUUGGCGCGGAGACACUGGCUCAAAACGUUGAUAUAAGGCGGUAACUAACGAAUGUGGGCGUCUCAGCCAAUCAGCUGUCGCUAUAGAAUCGGAGGGAGCGCGUCAAUUAGUCCAGGGCUAACCGGUGGCGAGACCGGAACAACAGGGACAUCUUGCCAAUCGGAAGUGCUAGGAGGCGGGGCUGCCAGUGUGUGUACAGCUACGGCGCCAUGAACAUUUUGCCCAAGAAGAGCUGGCACGUUCGGAACAAGGACAAUGUCGCCCGUGUGCGGCGUGACGAGGCCCAGGCCAGGGAGGAGGAGAAAGAGCGUGAGCGGAGGGUACUGCUCGCUCAACAAGAGGCCCGCACAGAAUUCCUACGGAAGAAAGCCAGGCAUCGGAACUCACUACCGGAACUCGAAGCAGCAGAAGAAGGGGCCCCGAGUGGCCCUGUGGACCUGUUUCGGGAGCUGCUGGAAGAAGGGAAAGGGGUGACCAGAGGCAACAAAGAGUACGAGGAAGAAAAGCGACAGGACAAAGAAAGACAGGAGAAAGCUCUGGGCAUCCUGACAUACCUGGGCCAGAGUGCAGCAGAAGCUCAGACUCAGCCCCCUUGGUACCAGCUCCCCCCAGAGCGAGGCACCCCCCCGUCUGGCCCAGGACCAGAUGUGAAGAUCAAGAACCGCCUGGACCCUCUGCAGGAGAUGCAGAAGCAUUUGGGGAAGAGAAGGCACAGUGGUGAUGAUGGUGGUCGCAGCAGAAAGGAAAAGGAAGGGUCUCACAAACAGCGACCCAAGGAACCCCCAUCCCUGGACCAACUUCGAGCCGAACGUCAUCGGCGGGAAGCUGCUGAGAGGGUGCGGGCGGAGGCCCUGCUGGCCCGGGUGCGAGGUGGGGCCCCCCUGGAGGAGCAGCCAAAAGAGGAGGCAGAUGACCGGCGGAGGCGGUACAACUCUCAGUUCAACCCCCAUUUGGCCCGGCGUCCCCACCGGCAGGAUACCCCUCUUGCUACUGACUCCUGAGGGGUAUAGUAGAGGCUGCUGCUGCCAGCCAUCAUAUAAAACUAUUUAUUCAUAAAUAUUUUCCAAAAUGAAAA